AUGUCAUUCAAUUACUCAAACCCGUUGUUGGAGGACCCCUCGAUUGUUAGUAUAUCAGACAAGGACGCGGGGUCUAACUCCACGCAUAAACAACAUUAUGAAGAUAGUGAUGAUAAUCCAGCGGACCUUUUAUCUAAAAAGUCCAUCUCAUUAAGUAAUCUUGACCCUGGUAACGCAUUGAGUAAACUAUUGGACAGUGCGAUGGCCCAUGCAGCGAAGGAGUCGACGCCAGUACCAGAAUUUAGCUCUGAUGCCGAUGCUGGAGCUGAUGCUAAAACUGGAGGUGAAGGUGAUGGUGGAGCGGGUGCUAAUGAACAACCAUCCCGCACUUCAUCUCACCUGCACCGCCGCGAGAACUCGUUUAAAGGUAAACCAAACAAAGAACCAAGUGCUGAGUUACUAUACAUGUUGGAAAAUAUUCCAGAGAAGAAAAAGGGAAUUGAACGCAUCUACACCGUAAAUCAGUUGCUAAAAGUGCGAGAUGACGGUGAUAUCGCGGACGUGCUGAAAGAUCUACCAGGUGUGGCAUUUUGGAGGUUAAAACCUCAAAGAGAGGUCAAUUCAAGGUAUUCCAUAAACAAUGGUGAACACAGCGGAAGCGGUGGUGGUGCUGGUGGUGGCAAUGGUAGUAGUACGUAUAAAAAUAACAAGGGCAAGUUUAAGAGACACCUGCACGAAACAUGGGAGAGGGGUAAGACGAGCAACGAAAACAGAGGUUCUCAUUCACAUCACAAUCGUCAUGGAUUUAAUAAAGCCAACGAUUUAGAUUCCUUGAGUAGCGAGAAAAUCUCAGAGCUUCUAGGUGAAGGCAAUGAGGAGCCUACACCAGAGUGGGGUAUAGGAGAUGAUGUGUUUGAUGGUAAAGAUGGCGCGGAUAAUAUGUCAAUGCUCAAUAUGGGUCACACAGUUGAAGACUUUGAGAAAUGGAAGUCUCAGAUGAAGUUAGAGGAGAGAAGAAGAAAUGGUGAUAUUAUUGAUAUGGAAUUGGAGCAGCAGAAGUUGGAAAAGGAUGAAAAUGACGCAGCAGCCAACGCAGGUAAUGAAGUGGACAACUUUUUUUCAUUCAUCAAACCCCCCACCCAGAAGAAUAAUGUUGAUGAAUUGGAGUCCGGUGAACAAGAGCAAGUAUCUUCUCAAAAUCAAGGUGCUACCAAUGCAAGUAGGUCCUCGAGAUUUUCUUCGUUUUUCCAGCAACCGGGCGGAAGAGCACAACCGCCACAGCAAACACAAGAACAAGGGCAAUCACCAGUUCAGGCUACUUAUCUGCCAGCUUCAGUGCAGCCACAUACUGCAACUGGUAGAACGAUAGCACCACCCCCGGGUCUCUCCAAGUUUUUUGGUGGCGCACCGCAACCGUCACAGCCAUCACAACCAUCACAGCCAUCACAACCAUCACAGCCAUCACAACCAUCACAACCAUCACAACCAUCACAACCAUCACAACCAUCACAAACUCAAUCAUCAUCUAGUGUUCCGACAUUGUCCAGCGUCCAAGAAAGACCGUCCCUUGUACCUCAAGGAUCGUUGGAUACCUCUAAUGACAAUUUCUUUCUUUCCUUGUUGAAGAAGAAGGAAAGCGGACAACAAACGUCCUCUCCUGCUGUUGGCCACUUGACUCCAGACAGUGUUAAAAAUACGCCCACAUUGGUUGUCGACCAGUUGAAACAGGGUGGUCUGGAAGUAAGGGUUAAAGAAGCGGCGAAAACUAGUGAUCAAUCUCAAAGUUCAUUGUCUAAAAAUUUCAACAAGGAGGAAGAGUCAGAACAAAGCACAGCUCAGCCUCAAAAUCAGUUACCUCAAUUAUAUGGGCAAGGCAGGCCAUCGCAUCAACAGCCUCCGCCACCUUGGAUGAAUCCUCAACAGCAGCAGCAACAACAACAACAACAGUUAAGGAGUUUUCCUCCGGGUUUUGAUCCAUCAAUGCUCCAACAUAGGCAAUUUGCUCAACAAGCUUUUAGUCCGGCUUCACAGCAGCAACAAAGUCAAUCAAAUCGACAACUGCAACACGGGUCUCCUAACAAUCAAAGAAAACCAAGUGGAAGUUUGCAAGCUGCUCCCGAUGGUGUUGUUCCUCCUCUGUUCCCGAACAUUCAACGAAACCAACAGAUGCCAAUGCCUCCCCCACCGCCUCCAGGUAUGUUUCCAAAUGGGUUUCCACCUCCACCUUCGCAGUUCCAACCCCACCAAAGUCCAAACUUUCCACAACCAGGUCACCCAAUGAUGCCACCAGGGUUUAUGCCAGGAAUGAUGAGGAUGGGAGGUCCACCGCCUCCGCCUCACCACCCUGGCCAAUUUGGAAACCACCCAAAUGCUAUGAUUCCUCCAAUGAGAGAUGGACAGUUGCCACCUGGGUUUCAACUGCGACAACCACCUUUUCACCCAGGGCAAUUACCGCAACAGUCGCCUCAUCAACAACAACAACAACAACAACAGCUGCAACAGCCACCGCAACCGCAACCUCAAUCUCAAUCUCAACCUCAACAGCUGAAAUAA